UUGCUCAAAUAAAAACAUGUUAAGUGCAGCCUGUUUGUUUCACGUGGAAAGCAAACGCGUGUGUCAUUGUUUUGUCGGAUUUGGCCGUUAAUUAUCAGUUGGCCCGCUAUGGGAAAUCCUGCCGACUGCGCCAGUUAUCGUAAAAUUUUAUGAGUUUUUAACAGCUUAGAAAUUGGGUGUUUUUGCGGAAAUGCAUUCAUUGCUCAGGGCCACUCGGUAUACCGGCACACAAACAACUAAUUGAAUAAUCCAAUCAAAGCGCUUCCUCAUUGAAGUUAAAAGAAAAUUAAGCAACUCAAUUAGUCCAUUUGAGCGAAUGGGAGUCAAAAUGCGAAGCGCGCCAGGUGUUUGGAACACAGUCGUUUUCCGAUCAAUCCGAUUCGUUGGCCCGCCAUGCUUGAUCUGGACGAGGUUCUUUCUGCCAUCGGCCCUUUUGGCAAGUACCAAAAGCUGGUCAUUUGGCUGAUUUUGUUUCCGGCCGUUUUCCCCUGCGGGUUCCACGCCUACAAUCAGCUCUUCAUGGCCAAAAUGCCCGAACAUUGGUGUCGUCUGCCCGGUCUGGAUGGAGUCGAUGGAACCCGCAYGAAAGAGUUGAGCAUUCCCAAGCAAUUUCCUGCGGAAAACACAACAAAAUUCAGCCAAUGCCUGAUGUACGAUGUCAACCACCAGAUGAUCAAUGUGUCCGAGAUGGACGUGGCAGGCUUGGAGGCCCUCAAUCGGGUUCCAUGCAAGAACGGAUGGGACUAUGGAGAUGAGGACGUUGGAAACUCCAUUAUAAGCGAGUGGAAUCUGGUAUGUGGCAGAGACUUCGCCUCAACGCUAGCUCUGGUACUGUUCGGAUGCAGCGGCUUGGCAGGAAAUUACAUCUUCGGACACGUCCAGGAUGGCCUUGGGCGCAAACCGGCCUACUUCAUCUACCUGCUGAUCCAGUGCGUUUUUGGCAUCGCGACCUCAUUGGCCCCCAAUUUUUACAUCUGGGUUUUGCUACGGAUGGGAGUGGGUUUCACUGUGCCUGCCAUCCUCGGCACCCCAUAUGUCCUGGCCAUAGAGCUGGUGGGCCCCAAAGACCGAACCACUGUGACCAUCCUGAUCAACAUCGCCUACUCCUUGUCGCUGGUCAGCUUGGCUGUGGUGGUGUGGGCGGUGAGGAGUUGGAGGUGGAUGGCCUUGGCGACUUCCCUCCCGUUUACCGCGCUGUUUCUAACGUGGUUCCUCCUGCCGGAGAGUCCCAGGUGGUUGUUGGCGCAGGGAAAAAGCGCCCAAGCCGAGGCGGUUUUGAGGAAAAUCGCCCGCGUGAAUGGGGCAGUUUUUCCCCAUGGAUCAAUCAGUGCAGGUCAACAGGAGAAGGCUGCCCAAUCCAAGUGGGGCAUUCGACAUCUGUUCCAAAACCCCAAUCUGCGCUGGAAGACUUUGAUAGUCACCUUUCUGUGGUUCACCAAUACCAGUGUCUAUGUGGGGCUCUCCUACUACUCCCCAACGCUAGGUGGAGAUGAGUAUCUGAACUUUUUCCUGGCAGGCGCCGUCGAGCUUCCCACCUACCUCUUCCUCUGGCCCGCUAUGGAGCGAUUGGGCAGGCGUUGGACGUUGUGCAUCAGCAUGGUAGUGGGCGGGGCCUCCUGCUUGGCCACCGCCUUAGUCCAGAACAAUUAUUCCAUCACCUUGGCCCUGUAUUGUGUGGGGAAGAUGGGCAUUUCCUCGUCCUUUGUGGUGCUGCCGCUGAUGGCUUCCGAACUCUACCCUACAGUGGUGCGCGGUCUGGGCAUGUCGCUGAGCUCAGUGGUGGGGAUGCUCGGUCCCAUCUUUAUCCCACUGGUGAACUACUUGGGCUCCGACAUCAUAAUUCUGCCCCUGAUCAUAAUGGGCACUAUGCUGAUGGUAGGGGGCGUGUGCUCUUUGCUACUGCCCGAGACUCUCAAUGCGCAUCUACCCCAAACGCUCGAAGAUGCAGAGCGAACCAAACUGGAUUUUUGCGCCUGCUGUGUGCCCCCCCAACGGGAGCCCGUUCAAAGCUCUAGUGUUGUUUAGUGUCUUCCUCUUACUCGCUUUUCGUCUUGCGCUGCUCCUUAUUUUAGGGCGCUUAGAUUGUCUGACAGCGGCAUUUAGGCCUGGGUAACACUGUGUUGACUCACUCACUUUUUUAUGAGGAGCGUUUUACCAGCAACGGAACUAAGCGCCGGUGCGUUGGGUUGGCGCACCAAGCCCUUUGCGCAGCACUGCGCCAACUCCAAAAAAUUUGCUGAGAUACUUUUUCGGGCGAAACGAUUGCUUGAAAAUGUUUCAUCCAAAAUGGGCAAAACUGGAAAUUUUGACGAAACUUGAAAAUUCUUCUGGGCGAUGGGGGUGACGAGUUUUCCAAAUAGUUGAUUAUGUGAUUUUGCUCUCUGCGCGUUUUUUGGUAACUUUCUUUUUUUCGACAAAAAACCACGAGAACUUUGGUUCGUUUUUGUCCCAAAUUCAAUCAUUUCAAAACCGGUAUUCGAAAAAGACGAUAAAGAAGACCUUCUUGUUAAACCGAUCACUAGUUUUCUUGCAUAAAAGACUCUCAGUUUUGUCUAAAAGUGUUGACCUAAAAGUGAAGAAACCGGAAAAAAUCAAACUAUUCACAGCGACGGAGGUGACGAGUUUUCC